AACUUUAAUAAAACACAUAACUACGGUAGCCUUAAUAAGGGAAAAGGAAACGCCCGUCGCCGUCCGCCUCAUAGAGCAGAUUCCGAUCCGAUGGCUUCUCUUGCGGCACCUAUGCAUCAUUCCUUUCUUCCGGCCACCCAACGCCCGCCGACAUCACAUCAUAGACACUUCCAAGUAAGAUGUGCCACCGACCGCCAGGCCCUCUUCAACCGCAUUGCUCCCGUCUACGACAAUUUAAACGACUUAUUGAGCUUAGGGCAGCACCGAAUUUGGAAGCGCAUGGCUGUAUCAUGGAGCGGUGCGAAAAAAGGCGAUCUUGUGUUGGAUUUAUGCUGUGGGAGUGGAGAUUUGGCAUUUCUGUUAUCGGAGAAAGUAGGAACAACCGGCCAGGUGACUGGUUUUGAUUUCUCAAAGGAGCAAUUAUUAGUUGCAUCAUCCCGACAGCAAUUAAAGUCAAACACCUGCUUUAAGAACAUCAAGUGGAUAGAAGGUGAUGCACUUGACUUGCCAUUUCACGGCUGCUCAUUUGAUGCAAUUACGAUUGGUUAUGGUUUACGGAACUUGAUGGACAAACGUAGAGCUUUGGAGGAAAUUCAUAAAGUUCUUAAACCGGGUUCAAAAGUAUCUAUACUUGAUUUCAACAAGAGUACUAAUCCUAUUGUUGUGUCAAUUCAGGGAUGGAUGAUUGACAGUGUGGUUGUUCCACUGGCAUCUACCUAUGGCCUUGAAAUGGAGUAUAAAUAUUUGAAAGGCUCAAUAAAUGAGUUCUUAACAGGGACUGAGUUGGAGAAUCUUGCUUUAGGAACAGGGUUUACAAAUGCUAAGCAUUAUGAGAUCGGUGGCGGCCUAAUGGGAUGCUUAGUAGCUACACGAUAGACAAGUUAGUAUUUAUCUCCAUAUUCUUCUAUUUCUGUUAUAGCAUAAUGCCUGUUAUUAAGUGAUGUGAUGUCAGCUAAUUUCCGAGCUAAAAAUGUUGUUAUGGAACCACCUGCAAGGAUUCUCUAUGUAUUUGGAGGGUUGUUCUUAAUGUAAUUUUGUGACUGUUAAGUGAAAAAUCAUUUUCCAAACGCAAUUAUUUGUAAGAAGUGACAAGGGACAACAUAUA